AGUAGGCCACGUGACUCCGGUGUUCCGUGAAGGGCUUCAGAUCUCGUCGUUCAAGUCUGUCGCUGUUUCUCUGUACGGUCUGGAGAGAUGAAGCACGUCAUCCGGUGGUCAUGAUAAGAUAUGCAUGAGUGUGUGAACUUUACGAGGGAGAGCUCACGAUGUCGGGUGCCGAGGCAGACCAGGUUGCGGCAGAAGCUGAAUCUAACAAUGAACUUCAGACUCCACUCAUCUUGGAGGAAUGUGAGAGAAACGACCAGCCUCUGAGGGUGCUACUGACAAAAAAACUAAAAAAGCAAUGUGUCUGCAGCCCUGCUCGAGCAAAAAACCUUCUCCUAGACUCUAUACCCAUCUUAAAAUGGCUGCCAAAAUAUCAGAUCAAAGACUGGAUUCUGGGUGACUUGAUGUCAGGCCUGAUUGUAGGCAUCCUGCUGGUUCCCCAGUCCAUCGCCUACUCACUGCUGGCAGGCCAGGAUCCCAUUUAUGGACUCUACACGUCGUUCUUUUCCAGCAUUAUCUACACUCUGCUUGGCACAUCCAGGCACAUUUCGGUGGGUAUCUUCGGGGUGCUGUGCUUGUUAGUGGGCCAGGUGGUGGACAGGGAGCUGGCCUUGGCUGGAUAUCUCGGCGAUCAGUCUGGAAACUUCACCAUUCCGGAGAACAGCACGAUUCCUCAAUGUGACCGGAGCUGCUACGCCAUUGUUAUAGGGGCCACUGUGACCUUCACUGCAGGAGUGUACCAAGUACUAAUGGGUCUCCUCCAGGUUGGCUUUGUCUCUGUCUUCCUUUCUGACUCUCUCCUAAGUGGUUUUGCCACUGGUGCCUCUCUAACCAUCCUCACCUCACAGCUGAAGUACCUACUGGGCCUGAAGCUGCCUCGUGCUCAAGGUUGGGGCUCACUUAUCAAAACCUGGAUCAAGCUCUUUCAGAACCUGGGCCAAACCAACAUUUGUGACCUCAUCACCAGCAUCCUCUGUCUUCUCGUUCUUGUCCCUGCCAAAGAGCUGAACGACCGUUUUAAAUCCAAACUCAAAGCACCGAUUCCCUUUGAGCUGUUUGUGGUCAUCAUCGCCACACUGGCUUCCCACUUCGGUCAUUUCCAGGAGAAGUAUGGAUCUGAGGUAUCUGGGGCUAUUCCCACAGGCUUCAUGCCUCCACAGCUCCCAGCCUGGGAUCUCAUACCCAACAUAGCACUCGAUGCCUUCUCAAUAGCCAUUGUGGGCUUCGCCAUCACAGUGUCUCUGUCCGAAAUGUUUGCUCAGAAGCACGGCUACGUGGUGGAUCCCAAUCAGGAGAUGUACGCCAUCGGAUUCUGUAAUAUCUUUCCAUCGUUCUUUCGCUGCUUCGCUACCAGUGCCGCCCUGACCAAGACUCUGGUGAAGGAGUCCACUGGCUGCCAGACUCAGCUCUCAAGCCUGGUCACUGCUCUGGUGCUACUGCUGGUGCUGCUUGUCAUUGCGCCUCUCUUCUACUCGCUACAGAAAUGUGUGUUAGCCGUUAUCAUUGUGGUGAACCUGCGUGGCGCCUUGCGGAAAUUCCAAGAUGUUCCACGAAUGUGGCGUGUGAACCGCAUAGACGCUGCCAUUUGGUUGGUCACCAUGGCCACAUCAGCACUGGUUAACACUGAACUGGGCCUGCUGGUAGGCGUCCUAGUGUCUGCGUUCUGUGUGCUAGGCCGCACCCAAUGUGUCAGUGUGCUCGAGCUGGGCCAGGCAGGACAUCGUGAACUCUUCAAGGAUCUGGAAUCAUACAAAAACCUCCACAAGCAGCCCGGAGUAGCUGUGUUUCGCUACGAAGCUCCCAUCUACUACGCCAACCGGACUCUGUUUAAGAAGUCUCUGUAUCGCAGCGUAGGUCUAGACCCACAGAAAGAAAAAGCCAGGCGCAAGAAACUGGAGAAGCAGGUGAAGAGGAAGGAAGACUCUGAAGUGCCUUCCAAUGUUUUCCUCCCUUCUUUUCACACACUGGUCCUAGACUGCAGCGCCGUGUUAUUUCUGGAUACAGCAGGAGUUAACGCUCUGAAGGAGGUGUGUAAGGAUUACAAGGAGCUUGCCGUGCGCUUGUUAUUAGCCCAGUGCAGCACGUCAGUGAUCGAUUCUCUGCGCAGAGGUGGUUAUUACGACCUCAAGAGCGCACCGAUCAUUUUUCACACUCUCAGCGAUGCCGUCCGUUACGCUCAAAGCAGUCAGUCACAGAACGGUGAAUGUGAGACUGGUUGCUAAUGAAAUCCUACACGUUUACUACACUGUCUAACCUUAUGUGCCUUUACUGGAAUAUUUAAAACAGAUUAUUUUUAUAUCGUCUCUCGAAUCCACGACGUUAAAUGAUAGAAGGUAUUUAGCUGGAUUCGUAUUCAGUGCUUGUUUGUUAUAUUUAAAGAAUUCUGAAUGUUUACCGAAGAGUUAUUGGCAUUACAAUGAUGUGUUGGCGCUGUUACUGUUACUGAUUUGUUUUGUAUUGUCUGGGUUUAAGACAAUCAGAGAGUUCAACCUUGUACAAAACAAUGUGUCUACAGAGGUUUAGCCUUCCAUUUUGCUGGACAAAAAUGAAGAGAAGAUGUUGCAGGUCUCAAAAAGAAGAUUUUUAUCUAUAUAUGUACGCAAAGCUAUUGAUUACAUUUUCUUCAUAUUAGUCUUAUCAGAUUGUAUAACCAAACCAAGCUGAUUCAUUGUAUUUAGCAAUUUUUAAUGACUUGAACUUGAUCUUUUUUUUUUUUUUU